AUGACUGAGGAACAGAACAACAACAAGCAGUGGCCGGGCAUCGAGUCGACAUCUACAGCGAUAAUUAGCAAUGGCGGAAAUACUCAAGUCUUGAUCCGAUCCAGAGCAUCAUCCUCCAAACGACGACUCGCUGUCCUCGCCUUAUUCUUAAGCUCCAGCAAAUGCCUGAGCUUCUCCCCCGCAUCCUAUCCAACUGGUUUUGGAACGCAAAACCGAGAUAAUGGUGUCAGACACCAUGGCCGAUAUUCCUUCCGGCUCGAGUCCAAGAAGAAACUACCCAGACUCCCAAAGACCAUAAAGAUCAAGAAGCGCGAUGACAAGGAUAGGGAUGAUGGAGACUCGGUCAAGUCCAGGUGGUUGGGAUGGAUGAGUAGUGGCAGAAGAAGCAGAGGAGUGGCAGAGGUCAAAAUGAGAGAAGCCAUGGAAUUGGGAGGUGUUCCACGGAGUGAUCGGUAUUCUUCCAGUGACUGGUUUCAUAACACGCUCAAUCUACCAAGUUCCGAAAUUCUGCGUGCCGUUCGAGGACCGGUGAUUGCCAUGACAUCUUGGGCUACCUUCUUGGCGAUGGUGCAUCGAAAUUUGCUCAAACGCAAUCCACAUGCUGCUUCCCUCAUGUGCAUUUCACCAACCACUCAUUCCCUCAUGGUCAGUGCCUUGGGGCUGCUAUUGGUGUUUCGAACCAACUCGGCAUACCAACGAUUUGUAGAAGGAAGAAAAAUAUGGGGAAAUAUUGUCAACGCAUCCAGAGAUUUGUAUAGAUACCUCAUGAUGUACGAGAAAGAGAUUGGAGUCGACAAACGACGUCGUGUGCAGAGAUUGUUGGCCGCAUUUCCAUACCUUUUACGGCAUCGAGUCCGCCCCAAUUUGGUCAUGCAUCGACUAGACGAUACCCUCAUUGCCCGCGACCCGCAAAACACACUUUUGCUGUAUCAAGAUCGGGCUCAACUCGACAACGAUCCGGAGGCUGCCGCCGUAGCGAAUCAGGAAGCCAAUAUGGGCAAAUCGAGGCGCAAAACGCGGUCGCUCUAUUGGGUGGAUCGACGAACGUUGCCCUGGCGUUUGCUUCCACCGGGUGCUCUGGAGCAGUGUGCACGAGCACAGAAUCGACCUCUGUGGGUUUGCGACCGCAUGGCCCAGGAGCUACGAGAAGUGCCAGAUGGUCCCACAUUUACCAACCGUGAGCGUCUGACGCUAAUCUCGCACGUGGACAAGCUGUCACGACUUAUUGGGGACUGCGAACGUAUUCAUCAGACUGCAGUGCCCCUGAACUAUGCACGGCACAGCCUGAGAGCCUUGACAUUGUGGCUUCUCUCUCUGCCGUUUGCUCUGUUGAAAGACUUGAACAUGUUGACUGGCCCUUCCUUGUUUCUGGUUUCGUGGCUGCUUUUUGGAGUAUACGAAAUAGGCUACGCCAUUGAAGAUCCAUUUCAGGAGAUGUCAACAAUGUGGACAUUGGAGAUGAUCAGGAUACAGUUUCCAUACGGAGCGUUGGAGGGAAUGACUCAAAUGGUCAGGAACAGAGUUCAGAUAGCGAUGAUUUUCUGGACCCAAAAGCUUUCGAGUAAGUUUACGAACAGUGCCACUUCAGAGUCUGGAAACACGACAACAAGUCUGCAUCGUAGUCAAAGCAUGACAAGGGAUUCUUCUGAAUGA